UAAAGGUGGGAGUUGAGAGGUGCGCGUUUUGUUGUCUUUGUGUUGGAGAGGAGCUCCAUCUCAUACGGUCUCGCCUCCCCUUCUCCCCGGAUCCUUUCUGAACUCUUCCCCCUGGGUUGUUUUAAACCCGCCCGAACCUCUUCCCCCUUUUACCCCACAGACCCGACCCUCCCCUCCUCCUGGAAACCGAGCGCGGUUCCGAAAAGAUUUUUACAAUCAGUCUGCUUUGGGUACACACAAGCAUUUGCUGAAAAGACAAAUGAAUUACUGGAAUUCCAUUCUUGUGACCAAAGAUACCAGUGACCUUGACCAGCCUGAAGCACUCAGAACCUGCUUCACCAUGGACUCCGGUGUAAUUGAAGGUGGACUGAACGUCACACUGACUAUCAGACUUCUGAUGCACGGCAAGGAAGUUGGGAGUAUCAUCGGCAAGAAAGGGGAAUCUGUGAAAAAGAUGCGGGAAGAGAGUGGUGCCCGCAUUAACAUCUCUGAAGGAAACUGCCCUGAAAGGAUCAUAACUUUGGCUGGGCCUACUACGGCCAUUUUUAAAGCUUUCUCCAUGAUCAUAGAGAAGCUUGAAGAGGAUAUUAGUAGCUCAAUGACUAACAGCACAGCCACUAGCAAGCCUCCUGUUACUCUACGCAUUGUGGUUCCAGCCAGCCAGUGUGGCUCUCUAAUUGGGAAAGGAGGUUGCAAGAUUAAGGAGAUUAGAGAGUCUACUGGUGCCCAAGUGCAAGUGGCUGGAGACAUGCUGCCAAACUCCACUGAGCGCGCCAUUACAAUUGCAGGGACACCACAGUCAAUCAUCGAAUGUGUGAAACAAAUUUGCGUUGUCAUGCUGGAGUCCCCACCGAAGGGUGUCACUAUCCCUUACAGGCCUAAGCCUUCUGGCUCUCCCGUCAUCUUUGCUGGUGGACAGGCCUAUACGAUUCAAGGACAGUACGCCAUUCCACAUCCAGAUCUUACAAAACUGCACCAGUUGGCCAUGCAGCAGAAUCCAUUCCCACUGACUCCUGGAAGUACUGGAUUCACUGCAGGAAUGGAUGCCUCAGCACAGACUAGUUCUCAUGAACUCACCAUUCCAAAUGAUUUGAUCGGAUGCAUCAUUGGUCGACAAGGCGCCAAAAUAAAUGAGAUUCGCCAGAUGUCCGGUGCCCAGAUCAAAAUCGCCAACCCGGUAGAGGGCUCUUCUGACAGGCAGGUCACGAUCACUGGCUCCCCAGCUAGCAUCAGUUUGGCAGAGUACCUCAUUAAUGCCAGGCUGUCGUCUGAAGCAUCAGGAUUGGGAAGCAACUAAUGAGCAAGCUCAAGUUACCCAUCAGCAGUAGCAUCCAUAUGCCCAUAUAAUUCUCCAAUGUAGUUACAACGGAACAAUUUUUGCUAUUCCAAUUUUAACUUUUUUUGUCAUGCCCACCCAUCAGUUCAUCAGCCUUUUAUUUUUUUCCCCUCAAUUAUUCAACUUUUUAAUUACCUUGCAUCUGUUAAGUGGUUUUAAUGUACCUUUGCUGAAGAAAAAGGAAAAUUAUAUUUACUACUUUUUAUUUUUUGCCUUUUGUUCACAAUGAAUUUCUGUUCUACCAUCCUGAAGUGUAGAAGUGAAAAAUCUGAAUAGGGUCAAGUUUAGCUCUUGUUAUGUCAGAUUUUUCUAUAAAAUAAAAAAACAAAAAAAAAGAAAAACAAAAGAAAAAAAAAAAAAAAAAAUAUAUAAUAAAUAGAUGAACUGAAUUUGCCUUUUUACAUGUGCUGUGUAUUUAAUUUUUCCAAAGAAUAACUUUUUGCUUGGAUGUAUACAGUUUGCCCCCUUGAUGGGUGUUCCUCUUGGUUGUCCACUGUUGGGUUUACAAGAGUGGCUUAGACAUUUAGGAGCUCAAAAUAACUUUAAAAUGUUUUUUUUAGGUGUAGAGAUUUAUGUAGAAAAUAUAGAUUUAAUAAUGAUUCCAAGAGUGGAAAUUGCUUACAUUGAGAAUGUACAUGUGCCUGGUAAUUGGGAAGGGGCUUGUUUACGGGUGUUAAGAAUAUUUUCUCAGUA